AUGUGUGUAUUAUGGAUUGUGGCUUCGGGGAUGAUGCAAUUCCCCAUCCCCAUCUGGAGGAUGGCGAAUAGAGGGGAAGAGGAGAAGAUGCGGAAAUCAUUCGAAGCAGGGUCUCCCCCACCUCAAGGUGGUUGGAGGUGCAUUCCGCUCACGCUGAGCUGCCAGGGCCUUGUCCUGUGGUUUGGGCUGAGCGAUUUGGACUUGCAGGGUUUCCGCACUGGGUCUGAAGAUAUGGGGCUGUGGGGAAUGCAGAGGGUGGAUUGCAAUGUGUGCACUGUUCAAGUGUUGCGGCGUACCCAGGUUGUUUGUGAGUGUGCGUGCGUGUGUGGGUGUGUGUCCCCAAUUCUGCACGAAGCAAGAGGACCCCGGACAAUUUGUUUUGACAUGGCGAUUUUUGUGUGUCGGUUUGUACACAGUCUGUAA